GUACAAUCCACCUCUGAAUCAGGUCAAUACCCAAGUAACCUGUAAAGUAGCCCUAUCACCAUGAGUGCCAGAAGCGACUGUAACGUCCAUGACCCCAUGCACCGCGAAAGCAAGCCAUCACAAGGAGAUCCAUCGCGACCAGUCACAGACCUGUUCCGUCUAGAUGGGCGCACGAUCGCCAUAACCGGUGCCCAUGGGUUCCUUGGCACAACUCUCGCCAAGGCUAUCCUCGAAAGCGGCGGCGAUGUAGUCUGUCUCGAUCUACCGGAUGUGCCUACUGCGGAGAAUUGGAAUGACAUCGAGGCCGCUGCACUAAAACAUAAUGGUAGGCUCUCAUACUGGCCCCUCGAUGUCACCAAUGAGGAUAUGGUCGGCGAGGUAUUUUCCAGGUUCAUGUCUACACUGCGGUUUCCACUUCGAGGACUAGUGGUCUGUGCGGGAAUAUCACGCAACGGUCCUGCGAUUGACUUUCCGAUCUCGAUAGUGCGAAAUAUAUUCGAUGUCAAUGUUAGCGGGGCAUUUCUGGCCGCGCAGGCAGCUGCUCAAGAAAUGAGGAUGGCGGACGUUAGCGGGAGCAUUGUGUUGGUGGCUAGUAUGAGCGGCUAUGUAUCGAAUAAGGGAGUUGAUACUGCCGGGUAUAACGCGUCUAAAGCGGCUGUCCAACAGUUAGCUCGAUCAUUAGCUGCCGAAUGGGGAUCAAGAAAGGGCAUGCCCCUAGUCCGUGUCAAUUCCCUUUCUCCGGGCUAUAUUCGUACGGCUGCGACGGUGGAAUCCCUUCAGAAGCCUGGGAUGGAGGCUCAGUGGGUUGGAGAUAACAUGUUGUACCGGCUAAGCACGGCGGACGAAUUCCGAGCUCCAGUGCUCUUUAUGUUGGGUGAUGGGAGCAGCUUCAUGACUGGUUCUGAUCUGCGAGUGGAUGGUGGGCAUUGUGCUUGGUAAUCCUUGUGCUCUGAUCGAUGGAGACAAUGCCUCGGACAUAGCUGUAAGCCUGUCUUGAAUCUGAUAAAGCUUUUUCAAUCCUACUCUACGGAAGUUGCUGGCUCCGGGGACUUUUUGAUAAAAUUUUGUUCUUCACUAUCUUCACUCCCAAAGUGAUGCGGUAUAACCAUGUAACACGCUAUGACAAUAUUUUGGUCUACUACGAUAUAUGGAGUUGACGAACUAAUGAGCACCGCCCCCACGGUAUCCACCCUCUAACCUGAGUCUUCACAGC